UGGGAGUGACACAGAUAACACAUUUCAUUCGCGGGAUGCUGUCUUGAUGUGAAGAUUUUCAGCAAAUAUCACAAAAAAAGCAUUUAAUUGAGUUGAAAUAGCACUAAAAAAAGAGGAAGAGCUGUAAAUGGUAUAAAUUUCUUAACUGAAUUCCAAAGCAAUCCAUGCAUCACUUGUUGAGAUAUUUACCUCAGAGGUGUUCUACCCUCUAGGUGGCAGAGAAGGAAAAGUCAGGGGAUCCCCAAAGUUGCCUCACAUAGUCCUGUGGGGAACGAAAUUUCUUGCAAACCAUCAAACAGCUGUUGAGAUCAUUCACUGGAUGAGUUUUAAAUUCUGACCUGCUGGUAUUAUCACACAAGAAAGAAAAAGGAUUCUGAAAGUCAACGUGAAUUUCUGACCAAAUUUCUUUGCAAUCUGUUGAGACAUUUCACUGAAAAACAAAAAUACUGACCUCCUGAUGGUGCUGGAGGAAAUGUAAGGGGGUCACUAAAAUCUGUAUGCUGUAUCCUGUCUGUUAUCUUAAUGUACGUCUGAGUAUUCCCCUGGAGAAAUGAAAACUUUAUUCAUCUGGUAGCGUUGGAGGAAAACUAGGCCAUCACAAGGCUAUAUCCUCUGGGGACCAUGAAUCACAAAGUUUUACGACGAUCCAUCUUGUUGAGAUAUUCCACUCUUAUCCAACCUGACCAGUUUCCACUUUUGCAAAGGAAAUUUGGCUAUAAAAAACUCGUAGCAGACAGUAAAAUGCCCUUACAAAGAGCAGAGGGACAACUUUUAUGGAUUGACGGCGGUUUCCCGGAGGAAGAUGCUGGUAACGGACUGAAAGAGGAUCCAGAAAGAACGAGAGGUAUGUGGUGAGAGAAUUAACCCUCAUGGAUGCCACCGACCCCCUGCACCUCCUCCCCGUUUACUUCAUUGUAAAGGACACAGACGGCAUAACAAUGGGUAGAGUUUCACAUUCUGAAAGAGGCACUGCAUGGUCACUGUCUGUGAGGCGCUGCGUGGUCACUGAUGUUAUCUGAGAUGAUUAUGGACGGCACACGGUAAGGUGACUCCGUUUUUUUCUUCUCAGAUGCUCCAUACUUUAACAUCUUGUCACCAGCGACCCAGAAGAGCUGCUUGUCCUUUCCAGCCGGCUGCACCUCUGGACUCCCAUUGGCUGCAGUCUGAAGGAGUGGGUGUGGUUCUGCAUGUCUAGCCUCCCACUUGUCAGUCUCCUUGGACAGGAGGCACUGUAAGAAGGCAUGCUCACAAGCUCCUCCUCACUCAUUGCUCUCUUUUACACACAAGCAAACCCAGCUUCUGUUAUGGCAGGGGCUGCUCAUUGGCAUUUACCAAACAGCCGCGGCAUGCCACUCUCCCUGACGGCACCUCCCUGCCUUCUCAGGAGACAGACAGUCAGGCUGAACUAGCUGAGAGCAGACUGACUGAGGUGGACUGUCUGGCAAGCACACCCUCAAAUCAGCAAGACAAAGUGGGGGGAAACUGCUGAACAUGUCACAAGAUGCUGAAGUUCCAACUGGAUAAUGUGACAACAAAUUAACUGGGGAACAGAAGAGAACAAAAGAUGGAAGGACAAAACGGAAAUAUCCCAGCUUUCAAAACAGCAGAGAAUGGAAUCAAAGGGAAGCCCCCAUACUCAGUGGAAACCCCUUAUGGCUUCCGACUUGACCUGGACUUCCUGAAAUAUGUAGAUGACAUAGAAAAAGGCAACACCAUCAAAAGAGUUCCCAUCCAGCGCCGAAGCAAGGGACCCCGCGCAAGCACUCUGCCCAGACACCUCAACCCUUCUGGAGGUGGAUACCGCCCAAGUCCCUGGGGGUCCACUGGAGCUCUUGGUCCCAGGUCCCGGGUGUCAGAAGGUCAUCAUCAUGGCUACACUUCCUGGGCAUACGAUCACAGACCACCCCUCUCUCCGACAGGGCUCCAAUCUCUGGCAGAAAUGGAGGCCAGAAUCAAGGAGUUUGAUGAGCAGCCUCUCGGAGAGCACAUCAGACCUCACCUCCUCCGUGCCUCCAGCCUGCCGCUCACAGUUUUACUAAGACAGGGGUCAGAGUCCACAGAUGACCCCAGCAGCCUCCGGAGUUCAAGGGAUCACCUUGGAGGAAGAAACACCUCGUGCGAAGACGUCUUCCAAUCUCUAGACAGCCUUCGCCCACAGGACAGCUCAGGGCUGCUGAGGCGCCUGACUGAGGCUCUAGAACGUGUCGGGGAGCUGGAGAUGGAGGUGAGGGUCGUUCCUGAGCUCAGGGCACAAAUCUGCAUCCUUCAGGAGGAAAGAGAAAGGCUCCGUCUGGGUCUGAAUCCACAUAUCCAUCCCUCCUCGAUGAACGGAACCACAGACCCUUGUACCUCCUCUCACUACGGCAAAGUGGAUGUCAAAAGGCCUCGACAUGAAGGUCACAUCAUGUUUCCUAGAAAUCACAGCGAUGUCUCCAAUCCUACACACGAGUGGAGGACUUCAACAGAUCUGGAUGAGCUGCUGACGGUGACGUCCCUGCAGGCUAAAGUAGCUGUUCUGGAGCAGAAGCUACAUGAGACCGGCCAGGAGCUCCAGAGGGUGUUGGGGAUGCUGAGGGAGCAGCAGGAGGAGAGCAGGAGGAAAGACGAGAAGAUUGAGUACCUUAUGAAGAAUCCUGGGGUGUGGGUUCGUGCUGAGAGAGUGGUGGUCGACCACGAUGGAGAUGAGACAGUUGUGAGAUCCGCUGAAUCAGAUGACAAUAAAUCCUUUAUCAGUACAAGAACUGUUGUCACAAAUGGUCAGAGAGGUCGCCAACAAGACUCUGUAGUCAGUUCUGCUGGAAGGAGUCCACUAGUGUCGGUGCAAGCUGCAGACACAGCAGUGGUCGUCCACCACAUAAAAAAGAUCAAGAGUCUCCUGGAUCAGCAGUGGGACUGUUUGUGUGCAGAGAGUGAAGAGGAUAAACCUCGAAAGCACCCAGAUCCUAAAGUCAACUCUCUGCAGCAGGAGAUGUUGGAACUUGUUGACAUCCUUACAUCCCACUACAAACAGCAUGAACACAGCAAUGGAGAGAAGACUCAGCAUGAAGCCUCUAAAUCCACCCCGAAGACAGAUGGAUGCACCAGGAUGUCAAAAGACCUGCAUUCUGGGGGCGUUAAUGAAGGACGCAAAAUGACCGGGAGUGGAAAUCUGGUUGGCCAGGACUGCGUGAACAAGAGUGUUCAUGGUGAUUCGGAGCAGAGGGAAAGCAGCAGUAGCCCCCAGGAAAUGGCUGCAGCCCAGGUGAAUGCAGAGCCAGAGAGGAGAGUGAUGAAGAAAGAGAGGCAAACAUGCCCAGACAGACAGAUGACAUUGGUAGGAACAGGAUCAGGGCGGACAGAUGGAGGCGAAGUGUCUGUGGAAGCUGAGGUUUCAGAGAAGACGGCCAAGUUGAAAGCCCAGCCCCCAGGAGAACAGAUGGAGGGCAACUCUGGCUCAGAUUCAAGCACCAGGGGCAGUGAGACAGUGAAUGCAGACUUCAUGGUUGCUUGUCACUUCCUCAGAGAUCACAUGAACAACAUGGAUAACCCCAAUGAUGACAUGAGAAAGGCCCUAGUCGUAUUGUUUCAGCACUGGUUCAGUGCAGCAGCAGAGGAGGCUUCUGUAGCCAGCAGGGUGUCUGUUUACCUAAAGGAAGUGAAGAAGGCGACUCCUUCUCUGCUGACCUUCCUGGUGAACCUGGCAGAUGACAACGGCAACACGGUGCUGCAUUACAGUGUGUCCCACUGCAACUACAGCAUUGUCAGCCUGCUACUGGAAACAGGUGUGAGUGACAUGAACCUCCAGAACAACGCCGGCUACACAGCAGUGAUGUUGGCCUCGCUGACAGCCCCUGAUGGACCGGCUGGGAUGGAAGUGGUCCGCAAGCUAAUGGAGCUGGGCAACAUUAACAUUCGCUCCAACCAGACGGGUCAAACAGCUCUGCACUUGGCAGUGAGACACGGCCGGGUUGUGAUGGUUCGCCUGCUGCUGAGCUACGGGGCCGACGCUAACAUCCAGGACAGCCAGGGAACCACGGCCCUCAUGUUCGCCUCUGAGAGGGGCCACACACACAUCGCAAGGCUGCUGCUGGAAAGAAGCCAGUGUGACCUGUCGCUGACUGACAAGCGGGGUCAAACAGCGCUCUCCAUCGCCAUGCAAGGUUCCCACACUGACACAGCCGCCCUGCUGCAGGCCCACGCUAAAGCUCGAGCUCUGUAGGCCUGGAAAACCAAAAAAGAUCUGCAGACAUAUGACCUUAAUUCUCAUAUGUGGUCUGCAUGAACUUUAGCUUGAGGUUCAGUCCAUCAUUAGUCCACAGUGAGGGAGGUAAAGCUUAUGUAAGUGCCAUGAUUGCUGGUGCAGUAUACAGUGAAUGUGCUGUUUUCUGUUGUCUUUACUGUUGAUGUUCAUAGUUAUUUCUGAUCUUUGCACAUCCAAGCAGCAGCUUAGCUCUGCAGCCUAUGCAAUUAAAAAUAUAUCUAUUUAUUAUGUUUGUUUCGGUCACAUUAAUAUGGAAAAUGUUGCAUUUAUCUAAAGGUUUGAACUUAUAAUAAAAUUCUAUGUAGCUGUUUUUAAGAGGAAUUUACAGUUUAUGGUACUCCCCCCCCCCCCAGCAGUUAAGCACCUUUUAAAUAAAAUGCUUGCAAAAUAUAUCCUGCAUGGAAAACAAACCUCUGGUGACUAUAAUUUGUUGAUUUCACACAAUUGCUAUACUGAUGUAUGCACUGUCUGUUUUUAAUAAAAUGCCAGAAAAACAA